AUGGCCGAAUCAGUUGGCGGAGAUGAUAUUGAGUCGUUAAGAAUUGAGCUUUCUGAGUUGGGAAGAAGUUUGAGAGCUUCAUUUCAGCGACUCAGUUCAAGUUUCAGAAGCAACUCAGUUGUGAGUAAUGGAAGAGAUGAAAAUGUUAUUGAUGAAGAAACUGUUCUGCAAUGGGCUGCUCUUGAGAGGCUUCCCACUGUUCAAAGGAUGCGGUCUUCUCUGUUUGAUGAAAUUGAAGGUGUUGAUGAUAAAGCUGACGGCAAAAAAAAACGGAUGAUUGAUGUUACCAUGCUUCGGGCUGCGGAAAAGCAUUUCUUCAUUGAGAAGCUGAUUAAGCAUAUAGAACAUGACAAUCUUAAGUUGCUGAGGAAAAUCAGGAAGAGAAUUGACAAUACUGGGAUUGAAUUGCCCACUGUGGAAGUACGGUACAACAAUCUCUCGGUUGAAGUGGAAUGUGAAGUCGUUUAUGGAAAGCCUCUCCCAACUCUUUGGAAUACUUUCACAAGCAUUCUUCGAAACAUUGCAAGAGUUUCUGGUUUCAAGGGGAGCAAAUCGAAUGUCUGCAUUAUCAAUGAUGUGAGUGGUGUCAUCAAGCCUGGAAGAUUGACUCUUCUGUUGGGUCCUCCAGGAUGCGGGAAGACAUCACUUUUUAAAGCAGUUUCUGGGAAUCUUGAUGAUUCUGUUAAGGUUACUGGGGAGAUAACAUACAACGGAUACAAAUUGAAUGAGAUUGUGCCUCAGAAAACCUCAGCUUAUAUAAGUCAAUAUGAUAUGCAUAUCCCUGAACUGACGGUCCGAGAAACACUAGACUUCUCAUCCCGUUGCCAAGGUGUUGGAAGCAGAGCAGCUAUAAUGGCUGAGCUGAGCAGAAGGGAGAAAGAGGCAGGAAUUUUUCCAGACCCGGAUAUAGAUACCUACAUGAAGGCAAUUUCUGUCCAAGGACAGAAAUCAACUCUGCAAACAGACUAUAUCUUGAAGAUACUUGGACUUGAUAUUUGUGCUGAUACACUCACUGGAGAUGCCAUGAGGAGAGGUAUUUCUGGAGGUCAAAAGAAAAGACUGACAACAGGGGAGAUAAUUGUUGGGCCAACAAGAGCUUUAUUCAUGGAUGAAAUAUCUAAUGGAUUGGAUAGCUCAACAACAUAUCAGAUAGUUGCUUACUUUCAGCAGCUUGCGCACUUAACUGAUGCCACUAUACUUAUAUCACUUCUUCAGCCGGCGCCAGAAACAUUUGAUCUGUUUGAUGAUAUAAUCUUGAUGGCUGAAGGCAAGAUUGUCUAUCAUGGGCCUCGAGUAACUAUUCUUGAGUUUUUUGAGAGUUGUGGGUUUAAAUGUCCUGAAAGAAAAGGAGUUGCUGAUUUCCUCCAGGAGGUUAUCUCAAGGAAAGAUCAAGCCCAAUACUGGCACCGAAAUGAGGAGAAUUAUGUGUACCAACCUGUUGAUACAUUAUCAAGGAAAUUCCGGGAAUCCCCUUUUGGAAAGAAUCUCAGAGAAGACCUAUCAAAACCAUUUUCGAGGUCUGAGAGCCAGGAUAACGCUAUAAGCUUUAGCAAAUACUCAAUUUCAAAAUGGGAACUUUUCAGAGCUUGCAUGUCACGAGAGUUUCUUCUCAUGAGAAGAAAUUCUUUUAUAUAUAUCUUCAAAACUGUACAGAUGUUGAUGAUUGCAGCAGUUACUAUGACUGUGUUCUUACGAACAAGGUUGGCUGUUGAUAUUGUCCAUGCAAAUGUUUACUUGGGAGCCUUGUUUUAUUCUCUCAUCAUUCUUCUUGUUGAUGCAAUUCCCGAGCUGGCUAUGACCAUUGCUAGGCUAAGAAUUUUCUACAAACAGACAGAAUUGUGUUUUUACCCGGCUUGGGCAUAUGCGAUCCCAUCUGCAAUUCUGAAGCUUCCUCUCUCAUUAUUAGAAUCUUUAGUAUGGACAUGUUUGACAUACUAUGUCAUCGGAUAUUCUCCUGAAGUUGGCAGGUUCUUCCGCCAACUGGUUUUGUUGUUUUCUCUGCACGUGGCAGCAUUAUCCAUGUUCCGGUUUAUUGCAUCUUUCUUCCGAACUGAGGUGAUCUCUAUGGCAGUUGCCAGUUUUUCAAUGUUUUUUGCCACUCUGUUUGGUGGCUUUGUGAUUGCUAGGGACUCAAUGCCAUCCUGGUUAAGAUGGGGCUUCUGGUUGUCUCCAUUGAGUUAUGGUGAGAUUGGCCUUGCUCUAAAUGAAUUUCUUUCCCCACGGUGGCAAAAGCCUCAAGCCACAAACAAGACAAUAGGAACACAAACGCUUGAAACUCGCGGAUUGAGCUUUGAUGGGAAAUUUUAUUGGAUCUCCCUUGGAGCACUUUUUGGAUUUUCGCUUCUAUUCAAUUUUGGUUACGUUUUGGCGUUGACUUUUUUGAAAGGUAUGCCAACUUCUCAUAAAAACCACAAGAUGCAAGCUUACUGUAUAGGUGAUUUUAAACAUAUUGAUGUGAAUGCAGCUCCGACUACUCGUGCUAUCAUUUCAAGCGAAAAGCUUACUCAAAAGCAAGAAAGUGAUGAAUCUGUUGGUGUAGGCAAGACGAAUCCUUCAGAACGCUCCAAGCCCGCUGCUACUAAUGAAUCUAACCGAGGGAAAAUGGUUUUACCUUUUGAACCACUGGCCAUUGUCUUUGAAGAUCUGCAAUACUAUGUUGAAACUCCAGCUGCGAUGAAAGAGCGUGGUUUCACUAAUAAAAGGCUUCAACUUCUGUGUGACAUCACUGGUGCAUUUAGACCUGGAGUUCUGACAGCCCUUAUGGGUGUUAGUGGAGCUGGAAAGACAACUCUCCUUGACGUGCUUGCAGGCAGAAAGACCAGUGGAUUUGUUGAAGGGGAGAUUAGAAUAGGAGGAUUUCCAAAAGUUCAGAGGACUUAUGCUCGGAUUUCAGGUUACUGUGAGCAAACAGACAUUCAUUCUCCACAGAUUACUAUUCAAGAAUCAGUUGUUUUUUCUGCUUGGUUACGACUCGACCCACAAAUUGAUUCAAAAACAAAAACGGAAUUUGUGAAAGAAGUCUUAGAAACCAUAGAGCUUGAUGGUAUGAAAGAUUCUUUGGUUGGCAUUCCGGGCAUAAGUGGUUUAUCAACUGAGCAACGCAAGCGUCUCACAAUUGCAGUGGAGCUAGUAGCUAAUCCUUCCAUAAUAUUUAUGGAUGAACCUACCACCGGAUUAGAUGCAAGAGCAGCUGCUAUAGUCAUGCGAGCUAUAAAAAAUGUGGCUGAUACUGGAAGAACAAUUGUUUGCACUAUCCAUCAACCAAGUAUUGACAUAUUUGAGUCCUUCGAUGAGCUAAUUCUAUUGAAAAGCGGAGGGCGCCAAACAUAUGCUGGACCACUGGGGCAACAAUCAAGUAAAGUUAUUGAAUAUUUUGAGGCCAUCCCUGGGGUGCCAAAGAUAAAGGACAACUAUAACCCAGCUACAUGGAUGUUGGAAGUCACCUCUACCUCUUCUGAAGCUGAUCUUGGGGUGGACUUUGCUGAAAUCUACAAGAAUUCCACUUUGUAUCAAAACAACAUAGAACUUGUUAAGAGAUUAAGUGUUCCACCUCCUGGUUCAAAAGCUCUUGAUUUCCCUACUCGGUUUCCCCAAAAUGGAUGGGUACAGUUCAGAGCAUGCCUUUGGAAACAAUAUUGGUCAUACUGGCGAAGUCCUUCUUACAACUUAGUCCGUCUAUUGUUUAUGGUGGUUUCAUCAUUCUGUUUUGGCGCCUUGUUAUGGAAGAAGGGGAAGAAACUGGACAAUCAGCAAAGUUUGUUUAACAUUCUUGGUGUACUCUACAUCUCCGUGAUAUUCUGUGGUAUCAACAAUGCUGCUUCAGUUUUGCCUUAUGUUAAUUCAGAAAGGGCAGUACUUUAUCGCGAAAGAUUUGCAGGAAUGUAUGCGCCAUGGGCUUACGCAUUUGCACAGGUCACGGUAGAGAUACCUUACAUUCUUGCUCAAGCAGUCAUCUAUACAAUCAUCACAUAUCCAAUGGCUGGAUAUUAUUGGACUGCAUACAAGGUGUUUUGGUAUUUCUAUUCAAUGUUUUGCAUUCUGUUGUGCUUCAACUAUCUAGGUAUGCUGUUGGUAGCCAUCACACCAAGCUAUCCAAUUGCGGCAAUUUUGCAAUCUACAUUUUACACAAAUAUGAACCUGUUUGCUGGAUUUCUUGUUCCUCAGCCGAAAAUUCCAAAGUGGUGGAUAUGGUUGUAUUACAUGGUUCCGACAUCAUGGUCUUUAAAAGGCACACUGACUUCACAGUUCGGGGAUAUUCACAAGCCGGUUCAUGUGUUCGGAGCUGAUAAACCAGUAUCACAGUUUCUGUCAGAUUACUUUGGAUACCAUCAUGAUCAACUGCCACUUGUGGCCGUCAUCUUGACAAUUUACCCUAUCGUUUUAGCUGUUUUGUUUGCAUUGUGUAUUUCAAAGCUAAACUUUCAGAGGAGGUGA